AUUACAUGUUAUUACGGCCAGAUUUGUGGUGAACUGAACUUAGCCCUGUUGUGAGACUUUAUUAAAAAAUUUUAGAAGGUGAUUUUCAAGUGGAAAUCGAUCAAGAUGGUAGCACUGGCAACACUGGUGAUACUGGCGUGUGUUAUCCUGGAACAACUAUGGCUGGACGAGGCGGGGACGUUCGAGCGCAUUCUAGCGGCCGCGUCACCAACUACGAGGCAGUCGGCGAUCCAGGAGACCUGGAUUACCCAGCGACUGGACCACUUCAACCCCGCCGACACCCGCAUAUGGGAGCAGAGGUACUUCCAGAACCUCGAGCACCUCCGGGAGGGCGGGCCCUUGUUCGUGUUCGUGGGCGGCGAGGAGCCGACCAGCACCGCCUGGCUGCAGGACGGCCAGAUGAUGGCGCUGGCCAGGACGUAUGGCGCGGCCGCCUUCCUGCUGGAGCACCGCUUCUACGGCGCCAACAGACCCACGGAGGACGUGAGCACGGAGAGCCUGGCCUACCUGACGACGGAGCAGGCGCUCGCUGACCUGGCCCUGUUCGUGGCGGCGCUGCGGGGGCGGCACGGCGGGGGCGGCGCUGCCCCCAGGGUCGUGCUGUUCGGGCGCUCGUACGCCGCCUCCCUGGCCGCGUGGGCGCGCCUCAAGUACCCGCACCUGGUGGCGGGAGCCGUCGCCAGCAGCGCGCCCUUGCUCGCCAAGGCCGACUUCCGCGAGUUCCUGGAGGGCGUGGCGGUCGUGCUGGGGGACGAGUCCCCGGACUGCGUGGCGCACAUCAGGGCCGCCACGGCGGAGAUGAAGAGGCUGCUGACCGCCGACGGCGGACCCCAGGAGCUGACGCAGCUGUUCAGCCUGUGCAGGCCGCUGAACGCGUCCAGGAGCCACGACGUGGCCAAGCUGUUCGGCAGCAUGGCGGCGCUGGUGGCGACGGCCGUGACGGACAACGCGGCGCUCGCCGACGGCCGGGACAGCGUCGCCUCGGCCUGCAACCUGCUCGUGAACGCCUCGUUCGGCGCCACGCCGCUGCGGAGGUACGCCGGCGUCAUGGGCCGCCAGCUGAGGCUGUCGUCCUCGCGGUGCCUGCUGGUGGACGAGGACGCGGUCGUCGCGAGGUACCGCAACACCUCGUGGGGCAGCCGGCAGGUGGCGUCCGGAGACCGACAGUGGCUGUACCAAACAUGCACACAGUUUGGAUUCUACCAGACGUCUGAGUCUGUGCUGCAGCCAUUCGGAGUGGGCAUGUUCCCUCUGGAGCAUUCUCUGCACCUGUGUUCUGCGGUGUUCGGAGAAAGAUUCACGAAGGACCUGCUGGAGGAAGGCAUCGCGAGGACCAACCUGCUGUACGGCGCUGUGACGCCCGAAGUGUCCAACGUGGUGUUCCUGUACGGGUCGAUGGACCCGUGGAGCUACCUCGGGGCGCAAGGCAGCCGCUCGCAGGACACAUACACCAUCGACAUUGAAGGCGCGGCCCACGCGGCGGACAUGAGCGCGGCGAGCGCCGCCGACUCCCCCGACCUGGCGCAGGCGCGGCUGGCCGUGGAGGACAUCGUGGGCGACUGGCUGGCGCGGGACGCGGAGGAGCCGUGGCUGCAGCCCGCCGACAUGGUCGUCGACGUCGAGUUCGACAACGACACGGACACCUCCUAGCCUGCCCGCGCCCUUCAGCUUGCAAUGUUAGGGCCCAGCUGCACUCACAACGUUGAGUUGUUUUGCUGAUUGCAUAUUUUAUGAAUAUUUUUUUUAAUGUAGAUUAUAAAAGCACAUUCGUAUACGUGCUACCCAGUUGUGUAAACCAUAAAAUAAACUUCAAGUCAGUACCAAAUGGAAUUAGGCAGGCAAAAAUUUUAAUUAUAAAUAUUUGACUCUUUUAAACAAUUUUUUUUAUGAAACGUAGCAUAAUAUAUAACUGGCAAAAUUCAUUACUUAUAAUGAUACCCGAAAAAUUUGUCGAUAUAAAAUAAUGGCACUGGAAUGCAAUAAUCCAACAUGGCGAGUGAUGAAGAGCCUUAAUAAUCAGAGCAAUGAUUGUUUCGCAGAAUAUUAUCGCUGCAGAUUAUACUGAACUGUUCUUCACAUAAUUAUGUAAACAGUACUUAUUGACUGUUUUCAAGAUCAGGCACUUUCCUUCCUGGGACUAAAUCUCAAAUUUUUGGGUCAGCAUAUUUUUUUUGUUGGGUCAUGGUUGUCAUAUGGUGCGUCAAGUGAGUCGACCAUCACGGUAAUGUGGCUGAAUGAAUUGGUGAAAUCUUCGUGUCUAUUGAUAACUUACAAUUAGCAGCUGGUCGUUUCAUUUCUUUCAAACAUUUCCCACAAUAAUUAAAACACGAACCUAAAAGGAAGUGUUGGGAUUUUUGUAAUGGUAUUCUUGUUUAUAAUAUGAAAAUCAAAAUGUAUUAUCAAUUAAUAAAGGUAUAUGAACGAUUUUA